GAAGUGGCUGAUAUGUGUCAAUUGAACAUUCUGUCUUACCGCACACAUAACACUCACGCGUGAUGAUACGCAGGCGUGCACUGCGCCGACAUGGCCAACGUGACAUCGGCGGUGUGUCGUCAUCCGUGCAAGGAGCUGGUGCAGUUGCUCGCCGACAUCCACGACAUGCGAGUGGUCACCGGAAACCUACGGGAAGACUUGGACAGAGUGUCAAAAGAAAACGAAGAGAUGCGCGUGACGAUGGCCGGGCUCGGCGUGAGCGGCGGCGAGAACGAGAUCUCGUGCGUGCAGGACGGACGAGUGUUCGAACACGGCGACGACUGGGACGUGGACAGCUGCGUGGCCUGCGCCUGCCAGUAUGGCAGGGUGCUGUGUCAUCAAGCGUCAUGCGCCCCCGUGUCCUGCGUCAAUCCGUCCUUUGUCGAGGGAGAGUGCUGCCCCGUCUGCCUUGACCAAGCAGACGGCUGGUCCCAGUGGUCCGAGUGGACCGAGUGCUCGUCCACCUGCGGCCGGGGAGCGCAACGGCGGGGCCGUUCGUGCAACGCGGCGUCCUGCCCGGGGCCGUCGCUUCAAACCCGCGGCUGCACGCCGAGCAAGUGCGAAGGCGCCGAACGCGCUGACGGAAGCUGGAGUCUGUGGUCCCCCUGGUCUCCGUGCACAACCACGUGCGGACGCGGAAACAUCACACGCGUGCGACUUUGCAACAAUCCGCCGAAGCAGAAGGGAGGCAGCGGAUGUGCGGGCAUCGCCACCGAGACAAAGCCUUGUAACAACACACCCUGUCCAGUGCCAGGAGGCUGGACAUCCUGGUCCGAGUGGGGCCCGUGCUCCAAAUCGUGCGGGGGUGGCCUUUUGAGUCGAGAGAGGAAGUGUUUGAACCCCGCACCGCAAUAUGGUGGGAAGCUUUGUGCUGGAGACGCUUCCGACUAUGAAGCUUGCAACAAACAACCGUGUCUUUUAGACCCAUGUCUGCUGUUAACGCCGUGCUUUCCCGGGGUGCGGUGCACGUCAGGUAGCGACGGCUCGUGGCAGUGCGGGGAAUGUCCCGUGGGUUCCCAUGGCAACGGCACUCACUGCGAAGAUGACAAUGAGUGUGACGUAAAGGGAGUGUGCGUGACGGCGUGUGUGAACACAGACCCUGGUUUCUACUGUCUACCCUGUCCUCCUCGAUACAAAGGCACACAGCCCUUCGGUCUCGGCCUGAAGGAAGCCCAAAGGACCCGGCAAGUGUGCACGCCGUACAAUCCCUGCAAAGACAACACACACGCCUGCCACAAGCACGCCGACUGUUUCUACUUGGGGCUGGCCUCGGAGGUCUUGUACAAGUGCGUGUGCGCCGUCGGCUUUGCGGGCGACGGCUUUCUCUGCGGGGAGGACGCCGAUCUGGACGGAUGGCCAAACAGCGGUCUGACCUGCAAAAGGAACGGAACAUAUCACUGCCAAAUGGACAACUGCCCGUCGGUACCCAACUCCGGACAGGAGGACCUCGACGUGGACGGACAAGGCGAUGCCUGCGAUCCAGACGAUGACAACGACGACAUCGUCGACGAACGGGACAACUGCCCCCUGGUGUACAACCCCCGACAGUUCGACACGGACCGGGACGGUGUCGGGGACCGCUGUGACAACUGUCCCUUUGACAGCAACUCGCUGCAGACGGACACCGACGGCGACGGGGAGGGAGACGCCUGCAGCGUUGACAUGGACGGAGAUGGGGUUCCAAAUGAUCGCGACAACUGCGCUUUGGUCUACAACACUGAGCAGAGAGACACCGACUUGGACGGCGUCGGUGACCAGUGUGACAACUGUCCUCUCCUACACAACCCACGGCAGUCGGACUCCGACAACGACCUGGUGGGAGACCUGUGUGAUGACAACGAGGACAUUGACGAGGACGGCCAGCAAAACUCCCGGGACAACUGCCCCUACGUCGCCAACAGCAACCAGGCCGACCACGACGGCGACGGCAAAGGUGACGCCUGCGACCACGACGACGACAACGACGGCGUGCCCGACGACAGGGACAACUGCAGGCUGGUGGCCAAUCCGAAGCAGUCGGACGCCGACGGCGAUGGCAGCGGAGACGCCUGUUUUGACGACUUCGACAACGACAACAUUCCCGACGCGCUCGAUCCCUGUCCGCUCAACCGCGACAUCAAGUCGACAGACUUCCGCAAGUUUCAGGUGGUUCUGCUGGACCCGAAAGGCACCGCCCAGUCAGAUCCGCUGUGGGUGAUCCGCAGCCAGGGCACCGAGCUGCUGCAGUCCGCCAACUCGGACCCCGGCAUCGCUUUGGGAUAUGACAAAUUCAACGCGGUGGACUUCAGCGUGACGUUUUACGUGAACACCAACCGGGAUGACGACUAUGCCGGCAUCGUCUUCGCCUAUCAGUCCAGUCGACGCUUCUACGUUGUCAUGUGGAAACAGGUGUCUCAAGCCUAUUGGGAAAAGAAGCCCUCCAAGGCUUUCGGAACAGCGGGGGUCUCCAUUAAACUGGUCAACUCCAGCACGGGGCCGGGAGAAUACCUGCGCAACGCCCUGUGGCACACCGGCAACACCCGCAACCAGGUCCGGACACUGUGGCACGAUCCCAACAAAACGGGCUGGAAGGACUACACGGCGUACCGCAUGCACCUCAUCCACAGACCUAAGACGGGCUUCAUCAGGGUGGUGGUGUACGAGGGCAGGGAGAUCCUGUCGGACUCGGGCGCCGUUUACGAUCACACGCUGGCCGGUGGGCGACUGGGAAUGUUUGUCUUCUCCCAGGAACACGUGCUCUUCUCUGACCUCAGAUACGAGUGCAGAGAUAACUGACGUUUGCUGGGACAAGAGAAACCAUCCCUCAUCAUUUGGUCCAUUAUCCCCUUUUCUGUGUUUCAAAGGUCAUUUGCUGACUUUUACAACUUCCAAGUGUAAAUAACUAUUUAUUGCCUUAAUAUGGGAAUGAAAAUGCAUUCUUUGGCAACUGAGACCAUGGGAAGCUGGUAUGCAGUGCCAUCUAGUGGUCACUUCGAGGCAAGAUAAACUUCAAUAGGUAAACUUCACCUGCACAAUCCAAAGUUGCAAUUCACUCGCUACUUAGCGGUUCGGAUAUAGCUCACUCACUCAAUUGUAUAUUUUC